CUCGUCUAGGAGUCGUAGAAAAUAAAGCCGCCCCGCCCCGCCGCCGCCGCUUCCUCCUCGCCUCCCGGUUUCUUCCUCCGUUUCCGGCGCUUCACAUAUUCCCGCAGUGGUGUCAGCAGAAUCGUUCCGGGUCCUCUAUCAUGAGGAGAUUUGAUCCGUGGACUUCGGGGUAAACCAGUGAUCUCAUCUCGAUUUGGUUAGGGUUUGGAAGGAUGCCGCUGCAGAAGCAGCACAGCGGUGGAGGAGACAGCGGCGGGGCUGUUGCGAGCUCGAGUGGUGGGAUACCAUCGUCGAAGCAUCACCGCCGCGCGAAAGGGCUUACCGCUGCCAUCAGGAGCGAGGUGUCACAGAAGCAGCAGCGGGCGAAGGAGACAGCGGCUGGUAAGAAGGCGUUGGUUGAUGAUGUGAUGACGCCGCAGAAGCUCCGCCAUGGGGGCAAGAAGGCCGGCACAAUUUCGCGCGGUCGAGGGGUAGUAGACAGGAGGACUCCUUCUCGGCCACUAAGCCGCAGCAUCAGUCAGACACAACCUGAUGGAGAGAAGAACACAGAGGGUAAAGCGCCUACUCUCAAUAAAGAAUCUACUACAGACAAGAAUACCAUUGUACAUGUUAUGGAGGGCCAAGAUUUACAAGAGGCAGAUGAUGAGAUUCAAAUGCUGAAUGAUUUGGGCUUGGGAGAGGAUAUCAGCUCUGACGAGUUCCUUAAAUACUUCGAGCAGCUUCCCACUAAACCUGCUGUUGAUAUUUACACUGAACUGGACAAUGAGCAGCUCACGGCACUCUACGAGCGCCAUGCACGUUAUCGCAUCAGAUAUUUGAAGUUGUCACAAACCGACUCCUUGGAUAAGCUGAAUGCUGAAUUGACGCAACACAAUGCUAUGGACCUUCUCGAGGAGGACUUAUCUAGAAAGCUUCUUGCUAAGAUGAGAUAUUUUAAGCACUUUGAGGAAGAUGGCACCUUAGAUUGGUUCUUCCACCCUGAUCUCUGCAGGAUUGAAGCCUUGGAUGACUAUCAUCGUCUAGUACUUCGAAAUCAUGUUGGUUCUGACUCUGAGUACGCUGGUUGGGAUAAGUACCGCAAGUUUUUUUACAGUUAUGAGACUGAACAAGAAUAUAUCAAUUACUUCGAAGAGUUAUCAAACAAACUGAAAUGGAUGGAAGGUUAUGUCCUGAUUGAGGAGACAUCUCUUAAGUUUGGAAAGAUAAGCACACGAGGAGCCUAUCAGGCAAUUAAGAUCGCAACUGGUUUUUCCAAGAUCACUGGGGAGUUGGCUUACACUGGCUAUUAUGAAUGUGUGGAUAACUUGCGUUUUGAUGCUUAUUAUCUCAAUGACCUAGAUGGUGUUUAUUUUGAAAUCUGGCUGCGGGUAACUAUGCAAAUGAAGAGUUUCAGAGAUGCAUUGGAGGAAAUUUACAAAUUGGAAAUGUUUCCAUCGAGACAAGAAAGAAUGAAAUAUGCGCUUGAUUAUGACUGUUCCGACAUGGAAAUGGAGUUUCUUUCUUGCACGGCAAGUGUUACCAGUGAAGUUACAGAGGAUAAAGCUCGUGAGCUGAUUGCAGAAGCAGUUAAAAAGAUUGAUAGACCAAAACUGUAUGAGCAUUACAUCAGAAAGAAGAUAGCUAUCGCUCAAGCUAUUGGUCUGAUUCCCAUGGUUAAGCAAGACUCAGAUGAGCCAGGGCAGCAAGUUGAUGUUUGAAUUGAAGCAAAACGGUGGCAGCCAUUAAGUGGAUUAAUGUUUACAACGAGACGCGUCAGGCUUCAAUUAGACACAUAAGUUAUUAUUUGUGUCUUAUAAAAAAGUUAUUAUAUUUGUGUAAUAGUGGAACGUAAUAUCUAACCAUCACUCUUCGUUUUCUUUUUUAUCAAUCGAUUUUCUUUUAUGUUGCGGCUCUA